GAGAUGCAAAUUGCAUGCCACAAAUUUUUCGUUUAUUAAAUCUCUUCUCACUACUUCAUUACCAGUAUCUAAUCUCUAUUAUUCACUUCUAUGUUUGUGUUGAAUUUGUAUUGUUAAUAUCACACUCUUGCUUAUCACCUUCGAAACCUUUCACUCUAUGCUCUCAAGCAUUGAGACACCAGUUCUUCAUUCACCUCCGGCGGAUUAAGACGUAAUUAUUUCUUGUUUGUUAACCGACGAUGAUGGCUAGUCCAAAUGCACAGGGAAGUGAUAAGGGCUUUCGAAUUGAACGUGAUACCUUCGGGGAAUUAAAAGUACCAGCGGAUAAAUACUAUGGAGCACAAACGUUGAGGUCUGUUAUGAAUUUCCCGAUAGGAGAUAGCUUUGAGCGGAUGCCGUAUGGGGUAAUCGUCGCAAUGGGAAUUUUGAAAAAGGCAGCAGCCGAAGUGAACAAGGAGUUUGGUCUGGACCCAAAGAUAUCCGAGGCAAUAAGUAAAGCCGCAGACGAUGUGAUAAGUGGAAAACUGUACAAUGAUCAUUUUCCCCUGGUGAUCUGGCAGACAGGCUCAGGAACCCAAUCGAAUAUGAAUACCAACGAAGUCAUUUCUAACCGAGCUAUUGAAAUUUUGGGUGGAGUGCUGGGCUCCAAAAGCCCGGUGCACCCCAACGACCACGUGAAUAUGUCUCAAUCGUCCAACGAUACUUUUCCCACGGCAAUGCACAUUGCAGUCGCCCUCGAGAUAAACAAAAUUCUGCUCCCAGGACUUACAAAGCUACAUGCGGCCCUUGAUGAGAAGGCCAAAGCCUGGAACGAUAUUAUCAAAAUUGGAAGAACUCACACGCAGGACGCUGUCCCUUUAACACUGGGUCAAGAAUUUUCAGCAUACGCCACACAGGUUGAAUAUGGAAUCGCAAGAGUCAAGGACACACUCCCCAGACUAUAUCAAUUAGCCUUGGGAGGAACAGCCGUGGGAACUGGCCUCAACACGAGGAAAGGCUUUGCGGAAAAAACAGCCGCUAGAAUCGGCCAACUCACGGGUUUACCCUUUGUCACCGCCCCAAAUAAAUUCGAGGCUUUAGCAGCUCAUGAUGCCAUUGUAGAGGUCCAUGGGGCCUUGAAUACUGUCGCUGUUUCUCUUAUGAAAAUUGCUAAUGAUAUAAGAUUCCUCGGCAGUGGUCCUCGAUGUGGUCUCGGUGAGCUAUCGCUCCCAGAAAAUGAGCCUGGAAGUUCCAUAAUGCCUGGGAAAGUCAAUCCAACGCAGUGUGAGGCAAUCACGAUGGUCUGCGCUCAAGUUAUGGGCAAUCACGUGGCAGUCACUGUCGGUGGAAGCAAUGGGCACUUCGAGCUCAAUGUCUUCAAGCCUGUGAUGGUAGCUAACACUCUUAGAUCUGUGAGACUCAUCGGCGAUGCUGCUAAAUCGUUCACAGACAAUUGUGUUUGUGGAAUUCAACCGAAUAUCGAGAAUAUCAAAAAGAUUAUGAAUGAGAGCUUGAUGCUGGUGACCGCCCUCAAUCCGCAUAUUGGAUAUGACAAGGCCGCGAAAAUUGCCAAACAGGCCCAUAAGGAAGGGCUAACGCUCAAAGAAUCAGCCCUCAAGAAUGGCCUGACAGACAAACAAUUCAAUGAUUGGGUUAGACCAGAACAGAUGUUGGGACCCAAGUGAAGACCUUUCAGCAUUUUGUAAUUUUCAUCAUUUGUCCAGUAAAAAAUGAAACAAUAAUUCAUGCAUAAGAGAGAAUUAAUCGCCAUUCAAAAUUUUCAAUUAAAAAAUUGACGAAAUA